AUUAAAAGAAUUGUUAAAAAAUAAAGAGAGCGCAAUGAACACAAAUAAGAUUGAAACAAUAAAUCGCAGCCUCAACAAGCUAUUAUUGGGCAGUUGGCAUUUUGGCAUAGAAACUUUACCAUAUUAUUCGUUGUUUAUUAUACUCAAUUUUCCAUUAUUCCUCUUUUUUAAUAAAAGAAAUAAAUGAAAUCUUUAAACGCCAUAUAUACAAAUUUCCCCAAUAAAAAAAAAAACAAAAUUUAUAACAACAAAUUAAAUUCUUAAGGCACUGAGAAACGAAAACUUUUUUUUUUUUGGUUGUUUUUCUCUUCAAUCCUCAUCAAAGUUUGGGCGUUGAAAUUUAGGUAAUAGGGAUCAUGAGAUUCAAGAAAGGGAACAAAGUGGAAGUCUUGAGCAAAAAAGAAAUGCCAUCAGGCUCCUGGCAUUGUGCUGAAAUAAUCAGUGGCAAUGGCCACAGCUACACUGUUAGAUAUGAAGGCUAUUCUGGUGCCACUGACAAGACGAUUGUGGAGACGGUAUCUAGGAAGGUUAUUAGACCCUGUCCUCCUGUACCGGUAGUUUCAGAUAAUUGGGGUCCUGGCGAUGUUGUCGAGGUUUUUGACAAGUUUUCCUGGAAGAUGGCAACAGUUUUAGGGGUUUUGGAGAAAAAGUACGUUUUGGUUAGGUUGCUUGGUUCAUCUCUGGAGUUUAAGGUCAGUAGAUUUGACAUCCGUGUGAGACAAUCAUGGCAAGACAAUGAAUGGAUUGUUAUUGGAAAGCGUUCUGGCAGUUGUGAAGAUGCGAAAUAUGUUGGAAAUUCUACUCUUAGAUACAAUCAAAAUUCUAGUUCCCAAUUUCAGAAUACAAUUAGAAGGACAAAUCGACAUGUGACGGGUGAAUAUGGUCCUGUUAACAAAGAGAUUAAUUACCAGGAAUCUGUUAUUGCUUCCUCAAAAACCCUAAAGAGAGGAUGCUACUCUCAAGUUGAAGCUCAUGCUGCUGCUGGACAGAAACUUAGAGCAGUUGAGAAAGAUGGAAGAUUGUACCGACUUCUUGUUGCAAAUCCAUCCUUUCUUGAACAGGUAGAUGCUGUUCCUUUCCCAAGAGAUAUGCUGGGUGAAAAAUACAUAUAUGCUUCUCUUAACAACAGAACUGGGUUGUCUGAAGUGCAUGGGGACAGGAGAAAACCAAAUGGUGCUGUUGGAUGUUAUUUUGCAGAACACUUAGAAACCAAUGACGCUGAUAGUGUUACAUGCUCUAUUGGUAGUUGUAGUGUGAGUAGUAACAAUCUCUAUAGGUUGCCUCACUGUGUUUCUACAGGUCCUACUGAAGUUUUUGGUGGUCAAUAUAGUGAUGCUGAAUCUUUUUGUCCAAGGGGAGAUGAGGAAGGAAAUUCUCUCCUUCCUUCGAAAGAGGAACUGGCUGCAGAGAUCCAUAAGAUAGAGUUACAUGCCUACCGUUGCACUAUGGAGGCCUUGCAUGCAUCAGGGCCUUUAAGUUGGGAACAAGAAGCAUUAGUGACUAAUCUUCGUCUUUCACUUCAUAUAUCUAAUGAUGAACAUUUGAUGGAGCUAAGAAACUUAAUUUCUGCUGAUAACAGCAUUCCUAUAAGAUAACCAGGAGUCUCUGUGGUUUUUUUUCCUUCUCUAUUUCUUCCCUUUAGAAAUAGACUCAGAUAAAUCAUGUCAGUAACAGCUCCCUCAAUUGUAUGAAGUUUGAUGAAAUAUGCUAUCAAUUUUCCUCAUUUAGGUAAUACAGCGUAUGGUGAUAUAUUUUGAAAUGAAUGUAACACAACAGAAACUGAAAAGCAUUAAAUGUUUCUGAGCUAAGCAUUGUGUAUCAAUUCUUCUGUAUCUUCUUUCCUCCCUUAUUUGUACAUUUAUUUUAGCAAAAAGAAUCUUUGCCAAAUAGCACAUCAGGAAUAUGCCAUCAAUUGGGCAGAUAUCAAGGAUGCAUUUUUCUGAUCAUUCUCGUGUAUAUUUCUUGCAUCUUUUAAAUAUCAAUGGAUGUAUGACUAAUCUUCUGAUGACAUUUGAAUCCUUUAGUUAUUAAAAAAAUGUUAUCAUGUGACAAAAUCCCUCUGGAUGUUUCUGAUUUUUUUUUAAAAAUUUUUUUUAGUAUUA